AGAAAACUAAAAUUCAAUAAGUCUAGGGCUCGUAAAAACUCUUCAAAAUUUUUGUGGAAGCCCCUUCACAUCUUCAAAGUCUGCAUCUCUCUGAAGAGCUUCGAUCUUUCUCCUCGACCCCGUAAGUACCUAGCGAAGGAGGGAUUGCUUCCACAAACCCUAAAAUAUGUCUGGCGGUUUCUUCCGGGGUACUUCCGCCGAGCAGGAUACUCGGUUUUCUAACAAGCAAGCUAAAUUGAUGAAAAGCCAGAAAUUCGCUCCGGAGUUGGAGAAUCUGAUUGAUGUGACCAAAGUGAAGAUGGAUGUUAUGAAGCCUUGGAUUGCGACUAGAGUCACUGAGCUUCUUGGUUUUGAAGAUGAAGUGCUGAUCAACUUUAUCUACGGUCUGCUUGAUGGGAAGGCAGUGAAUGGUAAGGAGAUUCAGAUUUCGAUUACUGGAUUCAUGGAGAAAAAUAGUGGGAAGUUCAUGAAAGAGCUCUGGACGCUUCUGCUAAGCGCACAGAACAAUGCAAGUGGUGUUCCACAGCAGUUUUUAGAUGCUAAAGAAGCUGAAGCAAAGAAGAAGCAGGAAGAAGCAAUAGAAAAAAAAGAGCAGUUAGCAAUUGAAAUAGGGAGGAGGAAGGAGAGGGAACUUAAGGACCAUGAGCAUGAUAUAUCGAGGAAUAAAGACAGCAGCGGCGAACAGAAGGUGACAAAUGGCAUGGAGACGAAACCUUCAAGAGAUCGUCCGGAUGAUGAGAGGAGGGCUGAUGAGAAGAAUGGAGUCAAAGAAAAGAGAAGGGAUCUGAUAUCUCCACGUCGCAGAGAUGCUUCCCGUUCACGCUCUAGGUCGAUCAGCAGAACAAAUUCAGGAUCGAGAAGUUAUUCUGGUGGACGAAGAUCAAGGAGCUUGUCUCGAUCAUCAGAUGCCUCCAUCUCUCCCAGAAAGCGGAGAUUAUCUAGGCGUAGAUCCAGGUCACGUUCCUUGCGUAGGUCUCUGUCUCCUCGGCGACGUAGGUCACGGUCACCUAUUAGACGUAACAGGUCACCAUCACCUUCAAGGCGCCGCCGUGUAUCUUCACCUGCGAGGCGCCGUCAAUCACCACCCCCUUCAAGGCGUCGCAGGUCUCCAUCUCCCUUCAGGCGGCGUAGGUCACCAUCCCCUCCUGCUAGGAGACGCAGGUCUCCAUCUCCACCUGCCAGGCGGCGCAGGUCACCUUCACCGCCUGCUAGGCCACGCCGGUCACCUUCACCACCUGCUAGGCGUCGCCGGUCUCCAUUGCCCGAUAGGCGUCGUAGGUCUCCUUCACCGAUAGCUAGGCGGCGCAGGUCCCCAUCUCCACUCUAUAGGCGUAACAGGUCCAGGUCACGGUCACGGUCCCCACCGGCUAAGCGGGAAAGGUCUGACUCACCAGGAAGAUCUACGUCACCAGUUGAUAGGCGCAAUGCACCCGCUGGACAAAGGUUGCCCUCUCCUCCUGCUGUGCCAAGAUUGCCUUCACCACCCGCUGGGCAAAGGUUGCCUUCACCACCUCCCAGGCGUGCAGGAUCACCAUCACCGAUGAGGCUAGGAGUACCUCAGUCAGUCAAUCACCUUGAAUCACCAUCACGCAGUUCAGUGUCCCCUCCUGGUCGGAAAAACGGGUUACCAUCUCCACCUGCUAGAAGACGCAGGUCACUGACACCUGCCAAAGAGCGAGGCUCCCUGGCACCUGCCGGACGUCCUGGAUCUAUCUCACCUGUUAGAGGUCGAGGUAGAUCUUCUCCUUACUCUCGACAACAGAAAGCGCGCUCUCCUGUUAGGCGCAGAUCGCCAACACCUGUCAAGCGGCGAAGUCGAAGAUCUCCGUCUGCUUCACGAUCACCUGAUGACAGCCGUAGGAAACGAUCUCCAUCUUGGAGCAGGUCUUUGUCUAGGUCGCGCUCACCUCCUGCUCGCCGUAGAUCUCCUUCACCAAGUGAAAGAAAGCCGCGGAGGGACAGAAGAUCUCCGGGACAUCCAUUGGAAGAGCGAGACAGAGAGGACAAAGAUCGAAAAUCCAAGCUGUUAAAGAAGACUUCAGUGCAGUCACCUGAUUCUGAUAAGAGGAUACACUUACUGGAGAAGGUGCCCGAUGCUAAGGAUCAAGAGAGAAAGAGUGAAAAGUUGCCAGAGAGGCGUUCCGGUCAUAGAGUCCACGGUUCACAGAUGUCCCCAGUUUCGCAUAAGGACUCCAUUAGAGCAGAAGAUUCUGAAGGAAAGAGACAGCUUCCUUCAAAUAACAGUGAGAAAGUUAAGAAAGAGGAUAACAGCGACGUGGAUGCAAACCUUUCUUCUGACUCUAAGGAAACUGGCAAUCAUCGAACUAAGGAUAAAAAGAGAAGUAAUAAUAAAAGGUCUGAGAGGGGAGAAGCAUUUUCAGAUGAUAAUGGCAGCUCUGAUUCUGACAUAGAAGAUAGGAAGGAGGCUAAAAGGAGGAGGAGAGAGGAGAAGAAAACGAGAAAGGAAGAGAAGAAACGCAAGCGAGAAGAGAGACGUCGUAAAAGGGAAGAACGUCGUGGUGAGAAGCUGAAGCUUAAGAACCGAGAGCAUUCUGAUUCUUCAGAGGGCGAAGCUGAGACACAUCGUAAGAAUAAAAAAGAGGAAGAGUCAGAUCCAAAGAGGCUUGAGAUUGAGCUGCGCAACAAAGCACUCGAGUCAUUGAAAGCAAAGAAGGGCAUCAGCCACUAAAUCCUUACUAUCCUGUGAUUGAGUAUCUCUAGCGUUGAUCACAUCUCUUUUUAAGUUACAAUGUCUUGCUAGAUUUUAUCUUCUAUGUGGUGCUAUUUGCUUAAAUGUUCCAAACUUUCUUAUGUUUUCUGUUUGUUUGGUGGCAGCAAAAUUGGACAACUAUUCUUAGAGUGCAGACAUUCAAUGCCUGAUAUUCUGAUGAGUAUUGUUCCAACUACAGAACUUGGUUAAGAAAGUGGCUAUGUUGCGGAUCAUUUGUUCCUGGACUCAAGUCAGGUGAAGUACACAAUCUCUUUUCAUGUGCGUCUUAGAUUAGCAAAAACUUAAAAGUUUCUUAAAAGUUUUCUUGCCUCCAACACUCAGAUUUGUAUUUUUGCUGUUUAUUUGCAUGUGGAGUGAACUAUCUUCUGUGUUCUGCUUGAGAUGUCUGUUACAAAUUUCUUGUCUUUCCAUUUUAGUAACAAAAACGAUUUAUUAGAAGCAAUAUAUUACAGUAUGGUACAAUUUAUUAGAAUCAAAUCAUGCCUUUUAAAGAUUCACACUAUCCCAAAACGCAAACAAUUUAGAGAUCACAUUUUAAACUCCAGAGAAGAAGCAGUCGUCGCGAGGGAGAGAUUCUAUACCAUCGAGAUACUGAACCACUUUCUUUAUCAUUGGCCUACCUUCCGCAGACCGGUUUGCACACAGAAGUCCGGUUUUCAAAACCAGUAACACCUCUCGAGCCACUAAUUCCUCUUUAUUGAUUCUUGCAUCGCAUCUCUGUAACAGAUCUCCGUUCUUAAACCCUUGAAGCACCCAAUUCACUAAACUGAUCUCUUCCGGAGGUUUUGUAGGCUCAAUGGCUUUUCUUCCGCAGACGAUCUCCAUCAUCAACACACCAAAAGCAAACACAUCUGUGUCACGUGUUACCUUUCCCGUCUCGACCAGCUCCGGAGCCACGUGUCCUGUUGUGCUGUGCCUGCUUCCUUGUCCGUAGUCUCCUAGUCGAGAGUUUAGCUCUUCGUCUAAGAGAACGUUACUGGCUUUGACGUUUCCGUGGAUCAAUGGUCUUUGACCCUCGCCGUGAAGGUAUUGAAGUGCUGACGCAAUCCCCUUUAUGAUACAAAACCGUUCCGACCAGGUGAGAACUGGUCGGUCAUUGCUGAAUAAAAACCGGUCUAGGCUUCCGUUGGGGACAUACUCGUAAACGAGAUAGAUCUCGUUUCCUUUGCUGGAGUAACCAAGGAGGUUAACAAGGUUUCUUUGUCUUAUCCUUGAGAUGGCAUCGAUCUCGGCUAUUAGGGUUGUCUUUUGUUGCCUUGUCGCGCAAGUUACUCUCUUCACCGCGAUUAUCUCUGUAGGAGCAAGCUGCCCUUUGUAGAAACUUCCAGAGUUUCUCUCUCCCAAAAGCUUAGUGCUCUCGAAGCCUCCCGUAGCGCUUGAAAUCGUCUGGUAAGAGAAUUUCCGUGGUCCUCGUGUGAAGAUUUCUCUUCUCCGGAACACAAAAACUCCUAAGAAGAUCAAGAUUAUGAGUCCAAAUAUCCCUAACACUGCGAAGAUUAUGAUAAUCUUCGUGUUGUUUGAGCUCUUCUUGGCUAAAACCGGAGGAUUCGGUGGUGGAGAAGAUGGAGGCGGCGGGUCUGGAAUAGAAGGAAGCUUCGUGAUAUCAAACUCUGAUGCUUUCCCUUCGAUGCUGAAGCUCCAGCCUAGAACCAGAUGUGCACUAGUAACAGUCCCGCUUGCUCCUGAGAAUCCGAUAUAGUUUUCUUCGGAGAAGAUCCCUGAGAGAUUCAUUCUCCUCGAGAGAAGAGGCGAGUUUGGCUUGGAACGAUCAAGAGGAGCCAAAGUGACAUUGAGCAUCAUCUCGGUUGCGUUGUACUCGAUCCAGACUCGAAUCGGCUUCCCACUCGCAAGCUUCAAGCUUACGUUCUUGGCCUCACGGUCAUCAAAGUACGCAGCCGGUGCGGACUCGACCGAGACCACUCCGUUUAGGUCGAUGCCAACGUGGUUGUCGUCAAUAUCAUUCAACUCAACGGCUUGUACCGUGUCGAAUUCAACCGCGAGGAUGCGGUUCAAGGAGUUUCCGUUGUUUGAUGUGUUGAAGAGGCCGAGAUAAUUGCUGGGGAAGGCGCCGGUAAAGUCCAUGGAGGGUGAGAUAACGAAAGCUAAGCCGUGACCCGGUGCGCCCGGUCCAGGAGUGAUUGCGAAGACGAAACUUGUGGAGAAAGAAACUGAGGAAUUUGAGUUUAGUAAGGCCAUGGGAAAUCCGUGAAAGGCUUGACCCAUUUGCCUCAUCGAAGUGUUGGUCAGCUCCAAGAGACCACUAGGGUGGAUCUUGGAGGAUCCGAAAGUGAGAAGGUUAGCCCCGAGAAAGCCAUGGUUUAGAAAUUUAGUUUCUCGUUGACUUGAGACGCAAGUAACUAAUAGGAAGAUUAUUGUUAGAGCUAUGGAUUUGGAGGCAAUCGCCAUUGGUAUUUUAAGACUAUGAAGUUAUUACUUAUGUGCAAUUGCUCUCUCUCUUUUUAUAGCUUCAAGAAAAAUCGACUGAUUCAUAUAAAAUAUUUUGUUUCUACAGACAAGUUAAGC